UUACAGAAUCAGAGAUAAAACAGUGGCACAAAGGAUUUAGGAAAGAUUGCCCCGAUGGGAAGUUAACCCUGGAGGGCUUCACCAAAAUCUACCAGCAGUUCUUUCCUUUUGGAGACCCUAGCAAGUUUGCCAAUUUUGUGUUUAAUGUAUUCGACGAAAAUAAGGAUGGCUUCAUCUCAUUUAGGGAAUUUUUACAAGCUCUUUCUGUGACGUCUAGGGGGACGGUUGAAGAAAAACUGAAAU